AUGCACCACCCUCGGUCGGCGAUCCUCUAUACGGAUCUUACCACAUCCUUUUUUCCCCUAAUUUUCGAUACCGGUCUUCGCUGGCUCGCAAAAAUCCCAACUGGGGGCCGUCUCCUUUUUGGAGAGGAUGGGAGACCAUCCGGUAUCGGGCCUAUGCGCAAGGUUGAUAAGAGGGCCAUGCUAGAGCGAUGGUUCAUUCAUCAGGACCCGGACAACGACCCCAUACAUAUUGAGUGUGCAGCAUCCAGUAACCAAAAAACAUGCUAUACCCCAAUGCUUGAUAAAUACCCCGAGCAAGAUUUGCUUUCCAAGGGUCUCGCGAUACUCCUACGCCAGCUGAUCGACUGGAUCCCUGAGCCGGAAAACAUGGAUCCUUUUGCAAUCGCACAUCCGGACUUUGAUAUCCAAAAGUUUAUCGUGUCCGAAGAAGGUGAACUCAAAGGUAUCAUAGACUGGGAUGGGGUUACUGCGGUCCCUCGUACUAUUGGAAACGAGAGAUAUCCCGGCUGGCUCACGCGCGACUGGGACCCGGGCAUGUACGGUUAUACGGAAGAAAUGAAACAGAAUGGUGAAUCAGAAAGCGUGUGGGAAGCCUCACCCAAAUCUCUCGCUUACUACCGCGGUAUCUAUGAUGCAGCAAUGAUGAAACGCCUGGUAGAAAGAGAAGGAUCUGAAUCCAGGGUCAAUCUUUGUAGGAUGUCCCUUAUUACCGAAAACCUAGCUAUCGCAGCCGAUGAUUCUGCUUGCCGAAGUCCAAUUCUGGAGAAGGUUGUGAGCGAGAUAUAUACCGUUACAGGGCAGGAUGAUCCGUUGGACUUUAUCGAGGUAGCGAAUAUGUUUAUUGACGGCAACAUGGACGGUGCAGUGAUGGACACUCUCUAUAGGGGAUUUAUCGAAGGCGGGUCUAUAGUGCGGUUGCCUUGGAAUACAAUGCAAGACGUACAAUUGAGGAGAGUACAGCAACUAUAA